CCAUUGUUCCCAGCCCACUCUGCCUAAUAUGGAAUUCGCUAGGAAACCCAUGAUUUCCUGACACUGUAGCGAAGCAGCGGAGAGCGAUCGGGGGGUCAGAAACCAAUCUCAGGGAACUGGGGGGGGAAAGGAGGAAAAAAUAAAAAGAUACAGCCCGCAAAAUAACAAAGAAGCGAUCGCCCACCAAGCCGUUCUUCUCAUUCCGGGAGACCCGCCGAGGAUUUUAAACGGGAUGCGACGCUUUCCCGAGCCUAACCGUGACAACCUUCGUGAAGUUUUCUUCCCCGGCGCUGAGCCCUCGCAGCGACCAGUCCUACCAGCGCCGAAGCCGGGGCUAGCAGACUUGCAGAUUUUCUGAUCCUCGACUCAACGGGAAGAAGCGAGGAAAGCGAAAACAAACAAAAAAAAAACAAAACAAAACUUCUCGAUCUCUUACCGGUCUUUCUGUAACGCAAGGGGCAGAAGUAAAUCUUCUACCACCACCCCCCUCUCCCGGGAAAACGCGAUGCGCUGCGAAAUAUACCCGCAGUAAGAAAUACAAAAUAUAAUUAUAGAGAGAAGAAGUUCGGGCGACUUUUUCUGUCCAUGCUGGUAGCGGGCGAAGCAGGAUGGAAAUUAGGGAGGAAGAUGGCAGCGGCGGUAGCUUUCGGAAUAAUGUGAAAAAGAUGCUGAAGUGUGUCGUGGUGGGCGACGGGGCAGUGGGGAAGACCUGUCUGCUGAUGAGCUAUGCCAACGACGCCUUCCCGGAGGAGUACGUGCCCACGGUGUUUGACCACUAUGCAGUAAAUGUGACAGUUUCGGGGAGGCAGCACUUGCUCGGUCUGUAUGACACUGCUGGACAGGAAGACUACAAUCAGCUGCGGCCGCUGUCCUACCCCAACACUGACGUGUUCCUCAUCUGCUUCUCGGUGGUCAACCCUGCCUCCUACCACAAUGUCCAGGAGGAGUGGGUCCCCGAACUCAAGGCCUGCAUGCCCCAUGUGCCCUACAUCCUCAUCGGAACGCAGAUUGAUUUGCGGGAUGAUCCCAAGACCCUGGCCCGCCUGCUGCACAUGAAGGAGAAGCCCAUGACUUUUGAGCAAGGAGUCAAAUUGGCCAAAGAGAUUGGAGCCCAGUGCUACCUGGAGUGCUCGGCGCUCACGCAGAAAGGGCUGAAGGCGGUGUUUGACGAAGCCAUCCUAACUAUCUUCAGCCCCAAGAAGAAGAAAAGGAGGUGUGCGUCCUGCAGGGGCUGUUGCGCCAUCGUCUGAGGGGGCGGGGAGCGGCGGGACAGAGGCGCCACUCUCCCCAGGCGAGGGGAGGAGGGGGGGGGCAGACAUCAUCCUCUUCCUUCUCCCCUUUCCUCACAAGCACACCUGCCUCCUCUUCAGAAGACGGCUGUCCCUCUGAGAUUCUCAGCGAUCCCCUCAGCAGCCCCUCUCUGUCUCCGGCUGGGCCGUUAAGUGGCAGUAGCUGCAGUGACCUGGGUGGCGGAGUGACCAACCUGUGUUCGGACACAGCUGCCCCCCCCUUACAGUGCAGUCUGAGAGGAGAGCAUUUUCUCCAUUUUCUCCUCACCCCAGGUGGGGACGACGCUAUAAUACCCUUCGGUCAAGCCAAAGAGGAAGCUCACUUUGUAAUUUGCACCCUUACUGCUAUCAAGCAGGCUACAAGGUCAGCUUCUCGAGAGCACAUACAGUGACGCCACCUUUCUUCUGCCGCGUGAGAUUCCUCCCAGGGUUUUCAUUUUCACUCCGUGGAGUCACUGCUGGCCUUUUUCCUUCUCUUGCUUCACAGUUCAGAAAGAUGUUUAAUACACCUCUGGAUCACAAACAGCAGUUCAUUUAUCCACGCAGGAGUGCACUCUCGGCGUGCGGUUACCGAGGUGUUCUUCCGUGUCAGUGCCUUUAUCGCACAAAGAGGUUAACCCUAGCCUUCUGGCUCAUCCGAGUCAGCCAGCAAGCCUGAGGUCGGUCUCGUGUGCUUUGAAUGACGCCUAGAGACUGGUAUGGGUCAUGGUGGCUCCUUAGCAAAAGCUGUGAGUGAGAAAUGCCAAUUUUUAUAUGAAUUGUUUUAAAUGAAUAAUAGUCUAUGGUAUAUUAUUUGCAUUAGCUGUAACUCAAGUAGACUGUAAACUAAUUAAGUGCUAACGUACCUGUCAGAGGAGGUUCUAGAGUGGAGCAGUGCCAGUGUGCAACAGGCACACAACGUUCAACAUGUCUGCUGGCUUCGAUUAAACACAUACUCUGGCUUGCGAAUGGCAGUUAUCUGAGGGUUUUGCACAAGGCCCUUCUAGUGAAACAGUGGACGUUUGUAAGCACUACAAAGAUGCAGCAAAAAAUAAAUAAAUAAAAAAAAACAAACAAACGGGGUGUUCUUCUGCCAAGCUUAAAACAAACGUCAGCUUACGCUUUUCAGGUCUCCCUGGAAUUGGGUGAUGUCAGCGUCACAUCGUGGCAGUUUUGAGUGUGUUAAAACUCAAAGACAGAGCCUGCAGGUUUUAGAGGUCUUUCUAAUUAAUCAGUCAUUAAUUACUUUGGACAUGCAUGGUUUUGAGCAGUUAGACUGGGUAAUUGAAUCAAUUGAUUAAAAAUGAGUGCGAUACGACCUGGAAGAUCAUGUGACACUCUGGAGCCUCAGCUGUACUGUGCUGUAGUGAGUACAGCAGCUCAGCAUCCUCCUGCAUUGGACGCAGGUGAGACAAACACCGUGCCAAGACUGAUUCUGGUGUGGAUUCAGGAAACGUUAGGAAGAAUACUCUGUACAUCUCAGCGUCUUCUACCUCCCCAAAUUCACCUGCAGAGACGUGUAGAGCUACAGUAUGAAGCUUAUGUGACUUUGCGGAGCAGGCAAAUUCUGCUUUGUUGGGUGGUGCCUCCAGCACAUUCCGAAGGAGUGGAGGAAGACUCUCUAUUACAGUCUUCUUCCUGUGAAAAGCUUAUUGCAGGGUUAUUUUUCAACACCCAGUUCUUCUGCGCGUGUGGCCUUCUUGGUAACAAUGUCAUUUUUCUUCAGAAGGGAAUUGUCACCUCCCUAGGCUUUCUGAGCCACAGUGAAACACAACCCAGGCGGAAACUAAGGGGAGUGCCUUUAAAACGAGAAACAAGAAACACGUCUUCGCACAAAGUGUUAUGGUAGCCUGGAUCAAGCUCCCCAGCCAUGUUGUGAAAGCUAACACUGGCUUCUUUCAGGAAACAGCUGGAUGGGAUCCUCAGAUCACUUAGCUACUGACAGUCCACUGAGCCAGAUGGGCUGCCUCCUCUCUUUGGUGAUGUUUCUUAUUUUUUGUAUGAGCAAGCAAUAAGUGACAGAUGAACAUUGACUAAGUAGUGGCAUUUGGUUUCUAGCCUACGUUUGGAGAGUAAAUAUAUUUUUGUAAGUGCCUCAAUUAAUCCUUUGAAGAAACAACUAAGUGUUCAACUCCACUGAGCUCUACCAGCAAAAGCGUGUGCUGGAGGCUUGGCACCUUCGUUAACAAGGUGCGGCUGUCUCCUGUGAUUCUCCGCUGUGCCUCCAUGUCGCAGUUUCUCAGUGAGGGCUGUGGAACAUGUGUAAGACACUGUUUUGUAUUUAGAGAAGUUGUCUUGGCAGGAAGUCCAUGCCAGGAAGAGGAACUGUUUUUAAACUUGGAUUUUGUCCUUACAGUGCUCUUGAUUAAAGCUCUUUCCUUAGGAACCCUAAACUAUUAGUUGCAGAAAUGGUGUCUGUUGGGUUCCUGGGUGAGUGCCCUGAUUGUUUUGUGCCCAAAUGCCUGAAUUAGAAUUUACUACAGGUUUCACAUACAGUACUUUGAGUGGUUUUCUAUUUCUGUGCUGCAACUUGUGGUACGCAGUCAAUUCAGAAAUGACCCAAAGAGAAGUACACAUUUGCUUGCAGGGGACGUGGUGUCGAUUUGGAUGAGGCAGUGUGGGGCUGUGAGCCUACAGCCAUAUUGCAGAAGACUUGUUUAUGUCUGGCCUUGUUCACAGGAAUACCAUGUCUUUCUCAUCUGCAGUUUUCUUAGUGUACCUGUCCUUCUCCACACUGCAGUACCAUGUUAAGCUUUUGAUGUCCUUAAGUCCUUGGUUAGAAUCUUUUUCGGUAACGGGACCUGAUACAUUCAAAUAAAAGCCACUUGGUACAGUAUGUGUGCCAUUUCUGUUGUAGUUGAUCUGUAGUGAUCCAGUUUGUCAAAAAAAGACCAAAAGCCUAUUAUUGAUCAAUACAAUACAACUGAGGUACCUAACCUGUUAUACACUGAAGGAUUUGAUCUCUUAAGGGUUUAAAUGUUCUUUCAGUGUGCAAAUUUAUGGCCAAAUGUUGGCACUAAUGAAAUGUUUGUUUUAUCUUGUUUUUUUCUUUCUUGUUUUGUGUGCAUUAAGUUAGAUCAAGAGUCAGGUGGAUUUUAACAACCUCCAAUCGCUAUUGACAAUCAAUUCUAUUUUACUCCUUAUUAACACAUUCUUAGAAUAAGCAAGCACAGCCUGCCAUUGUUCACUAAUGCUUUAACUUUGAUUGUUAACUUCCUCAUUUUCAGAAAUGUUUCGUUUUAAAAAUUUGUCUUUUUUUUGUUUUGUUUUUCAACCCCUUGUAUUUCUAUAUUUUCAUGAUGAAGCAAGAUUUUUGACCAUCACAGAACAGGCCGAAUAAAGGCCUGGAAUGAGUUUUCCAGUUCCAUCAUUAGGUCUUUCUUACUCAGAUUAACCUCGGGUGUCUCAAAUCGAUGUGAGUGUGAUCAGGAACUGGUUUGUGAAUCGUUCAUGUUUCUUUACAGACCAGUUUUAACAUUGCGGCACUGCUGUUGUCGCUAUCUUCUUAGCUGUUAAUGUUAGUACUACAGCGGAUUAACGUGACUCUACAUCUUAUUGUUAAAAUGGCCUGAUCCGAUCUUUCGUUUUCUCAGCAGCAGCUUUCUUCGGAGUAAAAAAAAAACAGCCUUGAUGGGCUGAGAGAAUGGCAAUCUUAUUUAAAUUGUUCUGCAUUCUGCAGGGCCUGUUAUCAACAGGUGGACUUGAGGAAUUAAACUGUAAUUUGUGCCUUUUAGUAGAAACCUUUGUCUCAGUGCAAAGAGCAGCGAAGAGGGGAGUGGGACUUGGGGUUUUAGAGUUUUUUUUAAACAGCACCGUCAUUAACCUUUAGUAUAAUUUGAAGUAAAUAGACUGCCGAAUGGAGGGUUUCUUUUGUGUACGCAGAUCCUUUGAUCUGACAGGAGUGGCAAAUCAGCAACAGUUUUUUUUUUCCCCAUGAAGCACAGUUCUGUACAAAUAACGGAUCCCGUGAGACAUGGAAAUGUGCAGCACAGGGGGUCUCUGAGGGGUUCUGGGGGAAGAGUGUUCAUUUCAAAGACUGCUUUUUAUUGUAGUGGGAAGACUGGAAAUUAAACAAUUGAGAUGCUCCGAGAGGAAAACACAGACCUGGAAGCAGAUAUUGUGAGCAGCUCAGCCACUCUCUUUCCUUGUGUGGACAGGGUAGAUCUGAAGCGAAGAAGGAAACAGCUUGUCACUUCCAGCGAAGUGGCUUUCUGCCUAUGACUGAUUAUUUCCGUUCCACUACAACCUGAUGGGUUUCCAGCUUAGUCUUUUUUUUUCUGUAAAGGUGUAAUUGUUUCAUUUGAUCAAUAGAUCAGAAGAAACUGAAGGUACGCUAUGCAUUUGACAGACCUAACAAUUGACCUUAGGUGGGUGCAUUUCUGUUUCCAAGCAUUGCGAGUGCCUACACUGCGGAAAUCCGAUGUUUAAAAGUACCCCCAAUUUCAAGUAAUAGUGCAGCCUGACCGAGAUCAGGAGCACUGGUCUUUACCAGGUAAAACCUCCCUCAGCAAGCUACUGCAGAAACUUUGGAGUUUGGAAGCUUGGUAUAUGCAGUGCCUCCCAUUGGAUCAGUGAUUCUGUAUGUGUGUCCUUUAUCUGUGAGUGUGCCUACUUCUGUUAAUACCGAUUUACUGCAAAGAAAAGUGACCCUAGGCUACAUUGGUUAAAUGGCUGGCUAAAACAAAAUCGCUUGUAAGUAGUUUUAAGAUGAUCUCAGGAACAGCGGGAUUUAGUAGUUGCUAGUUUUCUUUUUCAACAGAUGGAGGGCACAAAGUGCUCCUUUAAAAUAGGGUCAUUUAUUUUCAUUUUAUUAUGUAGCGAUAUUCUAUGUACACUUAUGUGCACUUGCAACACUGUGCCUGUUUGCUAUGCAACUGCUUUGUACUGUAUAUUUCCUGAAAGCCAGGUUUAACACUGGUAACAGCAAUAACUUGAAUACUAAAAUGCAAACAAUAUUUAAAUGUUUUAAAUAUACUUAUUAUAUAGUGUUUCUUUCCCUUUUAUUUCCAGUACCCAUGUAGUGAAUGUGUACUAUCAUUGCUUUGUUUGUUCUGAGUUGAAUUCUCAAAUACUGUAAAUACUUUGAUGGCAAUUAA